AGUAGGUGCAAAACCACAAACGCUGUAUCCCGAGGCUGCGCUUCACUUCUACGGACUUAUUAACGGAAAACAACGCGAACGGACAGCGGGAUUUACCCCAACGUAGGAGUUUUAUUGAAAAAAGAUUAUACGCUCCGAUCGCGCAAUGAUUCCCAGCUGUUUAAAGGAUAUUUUAUUCUACUGAAUGGAUCGGAAUUGGAUAAUAUAGCAAAACGCACGGACUACACGCGCUCCAAUCUUCCUGGACUAUUCACACCUCACUUUGCUUUUGAGGAGGAUAUCUCCUGUGGCAACAUUUGCUGAAGUCAGGCGCUCAGUGACCAUGCCCGGGAUGAUGGUGUGGUUCAGCGGGGCAGCACUGCUCCUCCUGUCCGGGCUGAUGGCUCCGCUCGCUAUGGUGCUGGCUUUCGGUGAUGAGGUGGAGGAAAUGACCUGUGACCCAAUCCGGAUCAGCAUGUGCCAGGGUCUGGGUUACAACGUCACCAAGAUGCCCAAUCUGGUCGGCAACGUGCUGCAGUCGGACGCCGAGCUGCAGCUGACCACGUUCACUCCACUGAUACAGUACGGCUGCUCCAGUCAACUCAAGUUCUUCCUGUGCUCAGUCUAUGUGCCGAUGUGCACCGACAAGGUUCCCAUCCCCAUUGGUCCCUGUGGUAGCAUGUGUCUGUCCGUCAAGAGGAAGUGCCUCCCGGUGCUUCACGAGUUUGGCUUCAUAUGGCCUGAGGUGCUGAACUGCAGCCUCUUUCCACCGCAAAACGACCACAACCACAUGUGCAUGGAGGGCCCGGGGGACGAGGAACCUCCCUACCAGCCUUUUCGUAUUCCUCCCCACCCGGAGGAGUGUCAGGCACUGGGAUCGGAACCUGACCAGUAUACCUGGUUAAAACAGUCCGAAAGCUGUGCUCUUCAGUGUGGCUACGACAGCGGGCUGUACCGCAGAGGGGCCAAAGUCUUCACCGACGCCUGGAUGGCGGUGUGGGCCGUGCUGUGCUUCCUGUCGACCACUCUGACGGUCCUGACCUUCCUGUUGGAUUCACAGCGCUUCUCCUACCCUGAAAGGCCCAUCAUCUUCCUGUCUAUGUGCUGUAAUCUGUACAGUGUGGCCUACCUGGUACGCUUGACACUGGGGAGGGAGCGUGUUUCCUGCGACCUCGAUGCCACGGCAGUGCCGAUUCUGGUGCAAGAAGGGUUAAAGAGCACCGGCUGUGCCAUAGUCUUCCUUCUGCUCUACUUCUUUGGUAUGGCUUCCUCACUUUGGUGGGUAAUCCUGACCCUCACUUGGUUCUUGGCUGCUGGACUGAAGUGGGGCCAUGAGGCUAUUGAAAUGCACAGCUCCUACUUCCACAUAGCAGCCUGGGCCAUCCCCGCUGUUAAAACUAUCGUCAUCCUCAUAAUGCGACUGGUGGAUGCAGACGACCUAACUGGACUCUGUUAUGUUGGCAACCUGCAGCAGGAAGCGCUCACCGGCUUUGUGGUGGCUCCACUGGCCACAUACCUUCUAAUAGGCACUCUGUUCAUCUGUGCUGGCCUGGUGGCUCUUUUCAAGAUCCGCUCCAAUCUGCAGAAGGACGGCGCCAAAACAGACAAGCUGGAGCGUUUAAUGGUGAAGAUCGGAGUGUUUUCUGUUCUCUACACUGUUCCAGCAUCGACUGUCAUUGGCUGUUACCUCUACCAGCUCUCUCACUGGGGGGAGUUCAAGGCCAGCACCCGGGACUCAUACAUGGCAUCAGAGAUGCUUCGAAUCUUUAUGUCACUGCUUGUAGGCAUCACAUCAGGCAUGUGGAUCUGGUCAGCAAAAACCCUCCACACCUGGCAGCGGUGCACGGCCCGCCUCCUCAGAGACAGCAGGGCGAGCCGGGGGGGCAAGAGGGCACCGGGCGAGGGCUGGAUCAAACCGGGGAAAGGCAACGAGACAGUUGUGUGACAGAAAUAGAGGAAGGGACAUAAAUGGACUUCAACAUUCUUCUCUGUCAAUUGCAGAAACUGACUGUCAAUGAAGAGGACCGAGAACAAAAUGAGAGGGAGUAGCAGGAGCUUCUCAAGGAAAGGCAUUGGAUGUAAAAGGCAUCGAAAAAAAGCUUGCCGAGAGCAUUCCCCUUCUCUUCAAACUGCCUCUAACCGGUGUUAUGGAGAAGAAAAGUGGAGGAUUGAGUCGUAAAAGUAGCAAGAGUAGCCUCUACCUCUGUUAGACUUGAUUUUCCCAGAGAGAUGAAUAAACCGGAAAAGGAAGGAGAAAGAGAGAUGGAAAAGGCAGGAAAAUGCAAUCAAGACACAGCGAUAAGCUGUGUAGCAUCACGUCGACCUCUCUGCCUCUCUUUCCUCCCUGAGCAGAAGAGACUGAACCCGCUGGAGACAGUUGGCCUCAUCCAAUGUGUCUUUGGAGGGUCUUUUGAAGUUCUGAAUUUUACACUGGAGGGUCCUGAUGCAGACAUUGUACAGAUGAAAGUUGACGUUUCCUAAAAGCACCUGACAACUUGAGUUCCUGUAGGGCUUUUAGUUCCAUAUGGGAAAAUCAAAAAUCAAAUACCAGAACAACCGCAUCUAAAAUAUAAAACAUGGCCUUCAACCUGUGAUUUGUUACAUUUUUGUAAAUGAUUACCGUUUCUAAAAUAUAAAACAGCAGGGGAUUGUAUUGCUCAGAAUUAUUUGGGAAAGCAGCUUUGAGCUGUAUAUGCACUAUAACUUUAUUCAAUAUGUGUCUAUGCGUGUCACAAGUGCAUUACCAGGGACGGCAGUGAUGUAAUAGCAAAUCAUCACCCAGCAUAUUAGCAUGCAGACUUUAACAGUUUGGUCAGGUUUUAUUGUGAAGGCUUCAGAAAAAUAACUUGUGUGGUUUUAUUCAAAAUCACUUUUCUUGCAAAUAUUUUUAACGGCAAGAGCAAUAGAUUAUUUUUCCUGUCUUAGGUUAAAGGUGGGGUAGGUAAGUUUGAGAAACCGGCUCGAGAUACACUUGUUGUUAUAUUCCAUGGAA